GCCAAUAAACGGUAGAGAGAAUUGUUUGAGUUGCAGGAACAGCAGGUGGUUCAGGAUGGUAGGAACCCUGGGAACCUGGUGGAGUGAGGAGGUAAAAGGUAAGAUAAGAAGUGAAGCUUUACAGGUAAACAAAGAACAGGUUUCCUAGAGUUUGUGUUCCUUGCUAAGGCGUUCAAAAUUAUCUUGGAGGUAUUGGAGAAAUUUAAAAGAACUCUCUUUUUUUCCCCUUUGCAAAUAACCAUAUGGCUAUGGCCCUGCCCGAGAGUAGCAAUAGCUUUCAUUUAUUAGGUUGCAGCCUUGGGUCAGUUUUCUGUGGUGGGCAUUUCACAGAGACUGUAUGAUCUCUGUUAAGCAGAUAUUACAUCUAUUUUAUGAAUGAGGAUUAUACAGGUGAAGUGAUGUUGCCCAGGCCAUAUGACUAAUAAGUGGGGGGAUCUCUCAGAGUCUGGCUCUUUUCAGGACACCAAGCUUAUUCUCAGUCAUGAUUUAUUCCAAUAAGUAGUGGCAUAAAUUACAUAAGCUGUGCUUUUCUGUUUUGGAGAUCCUGAAGAACCAAUAAUAUGUGAGAAACUAUAUUUCUAAAUAGGACUUUUGUAACCAGGUUUUACAUUUGUGUAAUGGGAGAAAGAUGCUUUUUGCCCCCUCUCCCCUUUCCUGGCUUCCCAAGUCAAGGAAGUAAACAAAAUCAUAUUUAUAAGUUUUGGAAGACUUGAAAAUGUGAUAUAAAUGAUAUAAAAAUAAAGUUCAGGUAUUAUUUUGGGAAUGAGUAAAUCAAAAAAAUAAUUUUGGAUUUGAAAAUCUCUUUUUUUUAUUCUCGAGUAUUCUAUAAUCCAACUCGAAUGAGAGCAUUUAGGUAACUGUAAAGGCAGCUAUUUUUCUUUUGUUUCUCAUGCAGGCUCAUGGAGUGGAUGGGUUUCCUGUGAGAAAAAUGUACUUCAAAUGAACUAGUGUAGUUUCCAAUUCAUAGUUUGAUGUUAAUUUCCAGAUCUGUUAAAGACUUAGAAUUCUUUUAAAAUUGUAAGUGACCUCACAGCAAGACUAUUAACCAGUGCCAUUGGCAUUGAUUUGUUUUUCAGUUUUUAACAUUGAAUAAUUAUUUUAAUUGUUGGGUUCUCCUUUAUCAGAUAGCACUACUACAUUUGUCCUGGAUUCAAGUUUAACUAUUUCCCACAGUUUUAUUUUUAUACCUUGUCCAACUGCACCCUGGUCAUGUUCCAGACCACGUAUCUUGAUAUUUGCUUUGCUCUUUUCCCAGAGACUACCUGGAACUUAUCCUCCCUGAUGCCAGCUCAGUGAAUUUAAUCUGCUUUUUAUUCGUUAAAAGUUGUUUUGAAUGGUGGGCAUUCCUUCUUUGCUGGUCUUGCCACUGGCUUUAUGUGUCCUUGAGCAGCCAGGAAUUACUUUCCAAGUGACUUUGCGAACGCUGUUUUAUGGGUGCUGUUGGUAAGGGAGCAUGAGGGGAAAACAACAUCUGUGGGAAGCAGCCACUCCUCAUGCAUUUCAUGUUCCAGUGACAGUGAUUGCUGGUGGAUUAAGGUUAAUGAUAUGGAUUACAUAGAGAAGGCCCCUUCUAGUUAUGUCUGUGUUGUUUGCUGAAUACUUGGCAGAAUGAAAAAUAAAAUGCAUCUAGAUUUAGGUAGAAAAAUGGCUUCAAAUAAGAGUGUUUUUAUGUCAGUAUUUUUGAGAAAAUUGAAACUGGAGGGGGGUAAGGACAUUGUACAGAAUUUGACUGUUGAGUGAAGAACACAAGGGCCAUCCCAGCCCUGAAUAUAUGAUAUUCAGGGAUAACACCACCCUCUUCCAUAUUCUUCAGAAUCAGAGCCUGGACACUGCGAUGUUUGACUUUGCAUUCAGGACAUUGUUCAGAGGGCCUGGGUAGGUAAAAUUUGGCCCAUGCCUUAUAUUUUACCCAGGCAACAUGUAGCUUAUCAAAAUAGAUCCUGUUAAAUUUUUAAGUACCUCUGAAAGUUGUAGGGAUGAUUAUAAACUGACAUUGCCAAUGAAGAGGAAGCAUGGUGCCUUGAACCAAGAACACAGAGAUGAAAACAAUAAAGAGAACUACCCCGACGCAGGGGCUCUGGUAGAGGAGCACGCACAGCCCUCUUGGGAGCUGCAGCAGCAGCAUGUAGAGCAGACCGUGCUGGUGGACGGCGUAUUGCGACCCAGCAUGGGCAACUUCAAGUCCCGGAAGCCCAAGUCCAUCUUCAAAGCAGAGAGUGGGAAGAGCCACGGAGAAAGUCAGGAGACAGAGCAUGUGGUAUCCAGUCAGUCAGAGUGUCAGGGGAGAGCAGGAACGCCAGCUCAUGAGAGUCCACAAAACAAUGCCUUCAGGUGCCAAGAAGCAGUGCGACUUCAACCAAGAAUAGACCAGAGGACUGCCAUUUGGCCAAAGGAGGCUUUUGAAACUCAGCAGGACUUAAACGAGGAAGAAGCUGCUCAGGUGCAUGGAGUCAAGGACCCAGCCCCAGCAUCGACCCAGAGUGUGCCUGCUGAUGGGGUGGAUUCUGCAGACCCCUCACCAGUCCAUAAAGAUGGGCAGAAUGAGGCCGACAGUGCACCAGAAGACCUCCAGUCUGUGGGGACCAGCAGGCUGCUCUAUCACAUCACUGAUGGUGACAACCCACUGCUGUCACCACGAUGCUCCAUCUUCAGCCAAAGCCAGAGAUUCAAUUUAGAUCCCGAGUCAGCCCCAUCUCCACCCAGCACUCAGCAGUUUAUGAUGCCUCGGAGUUCUUCACGCUGCAGCUGUGGAGAUGGCAAGGAGCCACAGACCAUCACCCAGCUCACCAAGCACAUCCAGAGCCUCAAGCGGAAAAUUCGGAAAUUUGAAGAAAAAUUUGAACAAGAAAAGAAAUAUCGGCCUUCACAUGGUGACAAGACAUCUAAUCCUGAAGUCCUGAAAUGGAUGAAUGAUUUGGCUAAAGGUCGUAAACAGCUCAAAGAACUAAAGCUAAAGCUGUCAGAAGAACAGGGGAGUGCUCCUAAAGGUCCACGUAGAAACCUGUCCCGUGAGCAACCCACAGUCCUCAGAGAAAAUGGGAAGCCGGAAGCUGCGGGCCCAGAGCCAAGCUCCUCUGGAGAAGAGACUCCAGAUGCUGCCUUGACAUGCCUGAAGGAGAAAAGAGAGCAACUUCCUCCCCAAGAGGAUUCUAAGGCAACUAAGCAAGACAAGAACCUCAUAAAGCCGCUUUAUGACCGGUACAGAAUUAUCAAACAAAUCUUGUCAACGCCUUCCCUUAUUCCAACAAUUCAGGAGGAAGAGGACUCUGAUGAAGACCAUCCACAGGGAAGCCAACAACUUUCUUUGCCGGAUCCAGCAUCUCACCUUCCUGUUGGUGAACACCUCAUCUACCCUAAUGAGACUGAGCCUGUUAGGGCCCUUCUACCGGAUGAAAAGAAAGAAGUAAAACCACCAGCUCUCUCCAUGUCUAAUUUACAUGAGGCUACCAUGCCUGUACUUCUUGACCAUCUCCGAGAAACCAGGGCUGACAAGAAGAGACUGCGGAAAGCCUUAAGAGAAUUUGAAGAACAGUUUUUUAAACAAACAGGAAGAAGUCCACAAAAGGAAGACAGGAUACCAAUGGCAGAUGAGUAUUAUGAAUAUAAGCACAUAAAAGCCAAACUGAGACUAUUAGAGGUCCUCAUCAGCAAGCAAGAUGUGGCCAAAACCAUUUGAGGUUCAGGAAAUGUUAUGAUCACUUUCACCCAUGAUAUAAAGUCAAGUUUAUUUUCCUCUGCCACCCUUGCUAAGUAGUUCUGACACAAUGAUAAUGGAAGCACUUUAGUGGUAGUAUUAGCUGUUUUUAAGAAGGAAUAGCAAGUUUAAUUACAUACAAGGAGAAGGGAUUUAAAUGGAAGGAAGGAUACAACAGGUAGCCAUAUAAUUGGGAAACAAUUCAGUGUCCUCCAUGCCAAGCAGAAAACUCACAGUCAAUAUAAGCAUUUUAAAAAACUUCUAAUAGUUCAUCAAAUCUAAAUAACAUAGCUGGGACACUUGUUAGGGGAAGUUUUAGUAUCCAAAGAUUGUUCAUGAUGUAUGGAAAAGAGCAUGAUUUUUAAAAAUCAAUAAGAGGAAGAAAACAAAUUCUACUUCUCAAGUAGGAAAGAAUACAGCUAGCAAGAAAGUAAUUUAUUUGAAACUUCUGAUGGAUUUUGAGUGAUAAAACAUUUACUAUCUUGUCCCUUAAGUCUGUGAGGCUCUCAGUACCCUAAAACAAACUAGAUUGUGUCACUUCUAUUUUUUUUAUUUCUCUAUAAAAAUAACAUAUUAUUUUAUCUGUUAUUUGAAAUUUUACAUUUCUGGUUACCAAAGUUCAUUCUGAUAGCAUGUACUUUGUGAAUUAUCUUCUUUGUCUAUAACUGACAGAUGUUUAUAUUAAAAUAAAAUAUUGUAUUAAAAUUUAAAAUAGGUAUUUUGGAUAGAUAUGUGUCUGCAGUAUAUAAUCUAAUGUGACCAUAGUAUUACUGCUAAUCCUUUUGUUUACUAUAAGAUUAUAUAUAACUAUUUUUUCAUUGGGAGUAUACAUUUUUCUUAAUGUUGCAAGGCAUAUACUUUGUAAAGUCAAAAAAUUUCUCAUGAGCUGAAGUUAUUCUUCCUUCUGUACAAAAUGAAAGAUUUGGAAACUGUUUGCCCUGACACCUUGGAAAAGAAGCCAGAAUAUUUAUUUGCUUCAUCAAUUUUAGUGCAUAUCAUUUUGUGUUAUUUUAUAUUAAGGCCUGUUUAUUAUUUUCAUUUUUGUAAAAGGAAGUAAAAGGGCAACAUUUUCUCUCAUGUACCAACCUUGUUUGUAUUUCUUUUUUCUGUAAUGUUUAAGUAUGAUGUUGAAGAAAUUCACAUUUUCUUAUAGUUUGAAUGGGAAGACUAUUGACUAUUUCAGAAACAGACUAUUUCAGAGGCUUAUUGUUUUCUCUGUAUUUACCUAAUAUUUUAUAACUUUAUGAAUCAGAAUAAUGUCCUUCAUAAAUUUGUUUAAUUGAAGUCAUCUACUUGUAACAGGACAGAUACACAACUAUUUGAGGUUUACAAAUUACAUCUUUGAUAAGGGAAAUGGUUUCAUGACAUGUAUACAAUUGCUAUUAAAAUGUAACUCUAUAUAUUCUAUAUGAUUGUAAAUAUUUUAUACAACAAUACAAAUAAAAUAUUUUUCUAUUAUA